AUGGUCACUAUAAGGAGUUUGAAACAAGUAAGCUAUUACUUGUUUAUAGGAUUGCUAUUGAAUAUAUCCUUUAAAAUUCUAUAUCAUUACAUAAUACCAUGGUCACUUUUAUGGAUGGUAAAUUGUCAAGGCAAUGAAUGUAAUGAACUUUCCUGGUGGCAACACUUCCCUUUACUUGAAAAAUUUAUAUGGAGGCUAGUAGAUAAUUUAAAUUUAUAG